AUGGGGACUCUUCAAGUGUUGCGGCUGGGAUUUUGGAUGACUAUGUUUCUGGUCACUGCAGCACUUCCCUCUGGUUUCACUCCUGCUCAGUGGUUCAAUAAACAACAUGUGCAGUAUCCCAAGACCAAAGCCUCCAGUGACAAUAUAUAUUGCAACAAUGAAAUGAGACAAAUCAACAAGCACACCCAUCAGUGUAAGUCCUUCAACACAUUUCUGAAUUACAUGCUUGAGAAUAUCAUCAAGAUUUGUUUUACAACCAGUAUCACCUGCAAGAAUCCAACAUACAAAAACUGUCAUAAAAGUACAUCAACCAUUCCUGUCACCAACUGUGAAUUGACCAGUGGUCAUUAUCCCGACUGUCGUUACCGUGGCACUUCUGAAAUGGCAUACUUUAUUAUUGCCUGCAAUCCUCCCUUGCCAGCAGAUCAUAGUAGAAGUGAGUUGCUUCCAGUGCAUUUGGACAGCACCACUUCAAACUCAGGCCCCAUAUUGAUUCUAUCUUCUUGA